AUGCGAAAGAAUCCAUACUUUUACUCGUUUAAGGUGCAAUGCACGUUGUGUCGGGAGAUUCAUCCUAACUGGGUGAGCUUUAAUCGAUUUGAGCAACAUGAGAUCCCUGGAAGCCGGGGUGAGGCAAAUUUUGUGUGGAAAUGCAGAUUAUGUACGAGGACACAUUCUGCUUCAAUCGCAGCUGCGCCAGCCUCAUACGAACAAUCGAAAAACAAAGGGCAAAAGGUCAUUGAGUUCGAUUGCCGAGGGCUCGAAUUUACGGAAUUUAAGGCUGAUGGAGACUGGGAAGCGAAGGGGAUUGAAUCAUCAACGAAUUUUUCAGGCAUCGAUCUCACCGACGGGGAGUGGUAUGAUUAUGACGAGAAGAUGGGCGAGGAGGUUAGUAUCAAGGAAUUCAUACCUAUGAACCCGCGGCCAUUUCUGCAAUCUCUAAUCAGUGAGGAUAUCGUCGUGCGCCUAAAAUGGGGACAUACAGAGUACAAGGGCCAACUUAUCAGUGUCGAUUCGUAUAUGAAUAUCCAGCUGUCGAAUACGGAGGAAUUUAUCGAUGGGAAGAGCACGGGGAGUUUGGGACAAGUUCUGAUACGGUGUAAUAAUGUCCUUUGGAUAUCGGCUGCGAAAGAUGUGAAGAUGAAUGAUGUACAGAUGGCCGAUUAA